AUGGUUGUCUUCAAGAAAGUCAAGUGCUUCGAAGUGUCCUUCGCCGACCCGCAGAAGGUGUACUGCGGCGGGGAGAAGGUAACCGGCAAGGUCCUGGUGGAGGUGGCCGAAGUGACCCGGGUGACAGCCGUCAGAGUGUUGGCUUGUGGAGUGGCCAAAGUAUUGUGGUCCCAGAACUGCAAGCAGGAGAUGGAGUACUUGAGAUUUGAGGACACCUUGCAGAUGGAGGAGCAGCCUACAGAUUCCGAUGGAUCUGUCAUUAUGAGGCCAGGCAACUUCUAUGAAUACAAGUUCGGUUUCGAGCUGCCCCAAGGUCCUUUGGGGUCAUCAUUCAAAGGAAAGUAUGGUUCUGUGAAGUACUGGGUUAAAGCUUUCCUCGAUCGGCCAUCCCAUCCUCCCCAAGAAGCACAGAAGCACUUUCAAGUUGAGGACUCUGUGAAUGUAGACACUCCAGAUCUCAUGUCACCAGUGUCUGGCAAAAAGUACAAGAAGAUGACGUGCAUGUUCAUUCCUGAUGGCCACAUCUCUAUGAGUGCCUGCAUUAACCGCAAGGGAUUCUGUGAAGGUGAAGACAUCUGCAUCUCUGCUGACUUUGAGAACACUUGCUCCCGCAUCGUUGUCCCCAAAGCUGCCAUUAUAUCCAAGCACACCUAUCUGGCCAAUGGCCAGACCAAAGUCUUCACUCAGAAAUUAUGCAGUGUGAGAGGCAAUCACAUCAUUUCAGGCAUGACUGACUCAUGGAGAGGGAAGAGUAUCCGUGUACCUAAAAUCAAGCCUUCCAUCUUGGGGUGUAACAUCCUGCGUGUUGAAUACUCCCUGCUGGUCUAUGUCAGCGUCCCUGGUGCCAAGAAGAUCAUCCUCAACUUGCCCCUUGUCAUAGGCUCCAGUUCUUCUGGAAUGAACAGCCGUACCUCUAGCAUGGCAAGCCAGGCCAGCUCUGAGAUGAGCUGGAUUGAACUGAACAUCCCAGGCACCCCAGAAGCUCCUCCAGGCUACCUGGACAUUGUUCCUGAAGAUCACAGACUGGAGAGCCCCACCACUCCAUUGUUGGAUGAUUUAGAUGGAGCCUGCGACAGCCCUAUCUUCAUGUAUGCUCCAGAGUUUAAAUACAUGCCCCCCCCAACCUACACAGAGGUUGAUGUCAACAAAAACACAUGUGUGCAGUAAACCGAAAAGCAGAAACCACCAAGGAUGUUCAUUCUUUUAUGUUUAAAUUCUUCACUUGACUACUGUUACACAGUGGCCAUGUGGUAGCUGUAAGUGGCCUUUUCUUCAAGGGCUUGGUUCAGGAGCUUGAACCAAAGACAAGGAAAGACUUUCACACUUGCCUUAAACCUGCAUCGCCUGAUUAAGAUGUGCCAUGAAGAUAAAGAGCGGUCUGCUUUAUGCCCUUUGUGGGCAAGAAUCUGUGGCCAAUGGUGGAUAUGAGGACAUUCGAACACACAUAGUAUUUGAUCACUGAGAGCACACACAAAGACUGAUAAUUAAGCAACACCAAACUGUUAAUGAGUCUGAAUGGUGUGAUUCUUACUUUUCCCCCUCCCUGCCCUCUUAUUUAUAAGCAAGGGUCAAAGGAUUUCAAAUGACUAUAGAAUGCUAGUCUACCUUUUCUACUGGUGCCUUAUGAAGUAGGGCUAUAGAAGUCACGCCAGAAAGCAUUCCAGCGAGGGCAUUAACUCAGAGGACAGAGAUGGAUAGUAACUUUACUGGCCCUUUUGAUAUGUUGAAGGGUUUAAUUAUGUAAAUGAGGUGAUUAAGAAAAUCAUGAGAAGCUGGCAUUAAUAUACCCUACAAAUGCAAUCCCGCAAUUAUGUUUUCCGAAUCCAAUAACCUUCUGCGUGUAUAUCUCUAAAAAACAGGAUAUGCAUGCUGCAUGAUCCUUUAUAUAUUAACAUGCAAAAAUGUUGUCCUUUUUUGUGACAUUUGUUAGUAUUCUCCUGUUAGAAAACAGUGUUAAGUAUUUUUGUUUUUCUUUGUAAAGCACUUUCUAAUUAUUCUGUGGAAUGUUUAAGCUAUUAUAAAAAAUUUUUGGGGGGAGGGGGUUGGGCAUAUGUAACCACUACAGAAUGGCUUCUCCUUUAUAUUGUUCAGGUCUUAGGGCAGGUUUCACUGACCGUCCAGCUAUAGUGAGCUAAAAAAUAUUCUGAUUCUCAGCCUGUUGCAUAACAGUGUCUUAGGGGGCUUUUGUAAAAUUGCAAUGAUCUCCGGAAAAUGAUCAGCUUUAAUUGUGACAUCACUUUCUCAGUCUGUACAAUGAUUUAAGAUGUUUGAAAUCUACUGCAGAUCUUGAAAGGAAACGUCACCAUUAAUAAUAUCUGCCUUUGGGACACGCAUGAAAUCAUUUUUGUUAUCGUCCCGACUGGCAGCUUUUAGUUUCACUGUAUAAAGGGCUAUUUUUAUCUCGUUAGUCGACAUACAGUAUUCUGUAAUGAAAUAGAAAAAAAACGCCAGUCUUUCAAUGCACUUAAGCCUAAUGUUGCUGCCUACUAUGCUAUUUUUAGCUUUCCUAAAACAAGGCUUCCUUUUGCAUUGAUGUAUGAAAAUGUGUUUUUGAUUUUUCCGCCCUUCCCUGUUCGAACAUUCUUGACCUAAACGUUUGCAGACUUCUACUUG